CCUAGAAAAUUUAUUGUUUAUUUUCGCUUGAUUUUAAGCAAAAAACCAUCAAAAACAUUAAGGGUGCAGUUUUAUUAACUAACACGUUCUUGUGGGUAUUUAAUUGCUGUAGUCCUACCGGACCGCUCGAAAUCGUGGUUAGUGUUUGAGGUUAUGUUAGUGGAGCCCCCGUAAAAUGAACCUCCCGGAGUCCGACAGCGAGGACGAGUUGCCCCCCGGCUGGGAGGAGCGCGUGACGGUCGACGGUAGCGUUUUCUACGCAAAUCAUUUAACCAAAGCCACGCAAUGGACGCACCCCCGAACCGGGAAGAAAAAGCGAGUCUCGGGGGAUUUACCCUUCGGUUGGGAGCGUUGUAUUGACAAAACGAGCGGAAAAGUGAUUUACGUGGACCACGAGAACCGUAGAACCACUUACACUGACCCAAGACUGGCUUUCGCAGUUGAGGAGAAAGACCAUCCGAAUGAUUACAGACAGAGGUUUGAUGGGUCAAGUACAGCCCUUCAGGUGUUACACGGCCGCGAUUUGAAUGGAAAAGUUGCCCUGGUGACGGGGGCUAACUCGGGGAUUGGGUUUGAGACGGCGCGGUCUUUGGCCAAACAUGGGGCCAGUGUGAUUUUUGCAUGCAGGGACUUGGAGGGGGCUGCCGAAGCCAUUGCGAAGGUUAGGGAGGAGAAGGAGGCGGCGGGGGAGAAUUGUGUGGCGAUUUAUCUCGAUUUGGGGGAUUUACACAGUGUGGACAGUUUUGCCAACCAAGUGAAAACAAUGUUUAAACAGAUUGAUAUGCUGAUUUUAAAUGCGGGGGUUUUUGGACUUGCUUUUAGUAAAACAGUGGAUGGUUUCGAGACUACGUUUCAAGUGAAUCAUUUAGGACAUUUCUAUUUGACACUUUUGUUGAGACCUUUGUUGGUCACAGGGUCAAGAGUUGUUGUGGUCUCAUCAGAGUCUCACAGAUUUUCGAACUUGACGACUGAUAACAUUUCCGUGCAAACUCUUUCGCCGGAAACCCCGGCCAAAUACUGGGACAUGACGGCUUACAACAAUUCCAAGUUGUGCAAUGUGUUGUUCGCCCGCCUUUUGGCGAAAAAGCUGCAACCUUUGGGGAUCUCCGUUUUCAGCCUUCACCCUGGCAAUAUGGUGUCGUCAAAACUGGCACGUAACUGGUGGCUUUAUCGCAUUUUUUUCGCCUUUGUUCGGCCUUUUACCAAGUCGCUACAACAAGCAGCAAGCACUACAGUCUUCUGUGCCACCGCAAUUGAGUUAAUUGGAGUCACGGGGGUCUAUUUUAAUAAUUGUUUCCGUUGCGAGGAGAGCCCGAGUGCGAAAAACGACGACCUGGCGGAAAUGCUGUGGAAAUUGAGCGUGGAAAUGCUGGUCGGAGUGGUCGGGAAAAAUAUCUUGUCAAUAGAUUUUUGAAUAAAUGUUUGCCAAUCUGG